CAUAAAAACCGAUGGUGGCCACACGCAGUUACAACAUACUCACGGAGACCUCAUUAUAGGUGCACUGUGAGAGGUUAUAAGGCAAAGUAAUUAUUUUAUUUUUCUAAAGGAAGACAAACACCGAAUCAAAAAUGCGUGAGUGUAUCUCUGUGCAUGUGGGACAGGCUGGAGUCCAGAUGGGCAACACCUGUUGGGAGCUGUACUGCUUGGAGCAUGGGAUCCAGCCUGACGGCACGAUGCCCAACAACAAGUGUGUUGGAAGCACGGACGACUCCUUCACGACGUUCUUCAGCGCCACCGGCACUGGGAAAUACGUGCCCCGUGCCAUCUUUGUAGAUCUAGAGCCCACUGUCAUUGAUGAGGUGCGCACAGGUACCUACCGCCAGCUGUUUCACCCCGAGCAGCUCAUCUCAGGGAAAGAGGAUGCAGCCAAUAACUACGCCCGUGGCCACUACACCAUUGGCAAGGAGAUCAUCGACCAAGUGCUGGACAGAAUCCGCAAACUGGCUGACCAGUGCACUGGACUCCAAGGUUUCCUGGUGUUCCACAGCUUCGGAGGUGGAACCGGCUCGGGGUUCACCUCCCUGCUCAUGGAGCGCCUCUCAGUUGACUUUGGGAAGAAGUCCAAGCUGGAGUUUGCCAUCUACCCUGCUCCCCAGGUGUCCACUGCUGUAGUGGAGCCCUACAACUCCAUCCUGACCACCCACACCACCUUGGAGCACUCUGACUGUGCCUUCAUGGUGGACAAUGAAGCUAUCUAUGAUAUCUGUCGUAGAAACCUGGACAUUGAGCGUCCCUCCUACACCAACCUCAACAGGCUCAUCAGCCAGAUUGUCUCCUCCAUCACAGCCUCCCUCCGGUUUGAUGGGGCCCUGAAUGUGGACCUGACAGAGUUCCAGACCAACUUGGUGCCUUACCCCCGUAUCCACUUCCCCCUGGCCACCUAUGCCCCGGUCAUCUCUGCUGAGAAAGCUUACCAUGAGCAGCUGUCUGUGGCUGAGAUCACAAACUCCUGUUUCGAGCCAGCCAACCAGAUGGUGAAGUGUGACCCACGUCAUGGGAAGUACAUGGCCUGCUGCCUGCUUUACCGUGGUGAUGUGGUGCCCAAGGAUGUCAACGUAGCCAUCGGCAACAUCAAGACCAAGCGAAGCAUCCAGUUUGUGGACUGGUGUCCCACUGGCUUUAAGGUUGGUAUCAACUACCAGCCACCAACUGUGGUGCCUGGAGGAGAUCUGGCCAAGGUCCAGAGGGCUGUGUGCAUGUUGAGCAACACCACCGCCAUUGCUGAGGCCUGGGCCAGGCUUGACCACAAGUUUGACCUGAUGUACGCCAAGAGGGCCUUUGUACACUGGUAUGUAGGAGAGGGCAUGGAGGAGGGAGAGUUCUCAGAGGCCAGAGAAGACAUGGCAGCCCUGGAGAAGGAUUAUGAAGAGGUUGGCAUCGACUCAUUCGAGGAGGAGGAGGAAGGAGAGGAGUAUUAGGAACGAGGAGCAGUUCAAAGGAGGGACUGGUCGUCUGUUGGCUAACAUAUCACUGAGAGAUAUAGACCUGCCUUGACCUCGAAGUGGGGAAUGCCCUGCUGCUUCCCCUCAAUGCUUUGUGUAAUGCCAUUAAUGCAGUUUCUUCACCAAAGACACACUACCAUCUGAAACAUCAUGUCUGACAAUCUCUUGUUGACUAAGAAACUGUACUGAACCUUAAAUAUUAAGGGGUCUGAAAUGUUUUCUUGAAGUUGACUAUUGGUCUGAACCAUUCAGAUCUGUCCUAAACACAAAUCGCUGCCAAGCAACAACCACAAAUAAACAUGGUGUUAAGUCUCAAUGAAUGUAAUUCAGUAUCUCCAAUUUGGGGAAUUAUUUAGGAUUGUAAAAAUAAGCUACCCUGAAUCUAAUUUGUUUACAGAUUUGAGAUUUUAUUGUCCUUUCUUUUCUUUUAGAGUUUUAUCACAUCAGGUUACUGUGGCUGUAACCCCUCCUUUGUAAAUAAAGUUUGUUUUAUCUCA